AUGCCUGUGAAAGGUAGUUCAAUCGCGUCUUUGAAGUCAAGGUCGGGAUGCAAAACUUGCAAAAUUCGGCGAGUCAAGUGUGGAGAAGAAAAGCCAAACUGCGUCCGAUGCACUAGUACAAGUCGCAAGUGCGAGUACGAAGGCAGAGUUUCUGGCGCAUUCUGCUCCACGCUUUCCACAUUCUCUCCUUCAUCAUCACCAAACACAGCGUGGCGUGAGCGACGCGCUUUUGCUUAUUAUUUUCAGCACGCUGCAUCGUUUGUUGGUGGUGGGUUAGAUGGUGAUUUCUGGCGCACCAUCGUCCCACAGGUUUGCCGGAGUGAGCCUGCUGUAUGGGACGCUAUCAUUUCCGUCAGCGCACUAUUUGAGGGUCCCGAACCAUUCCCGGAUUUUGUCUCUCUACGGCCGAAGAAUCCCCAAAUCCUCACACAGAACCACCGAGAUGCGUUGAGUUGGUAUUCACGCUCAAUAACUUCUGUCCGUCAACACAUCGAGCGUGGCGUCGUAGACAUCUUUGUCGGACUGGUUAGUUGCGUAUUGUUUAUCUGUAUCGAGGCUCUGCAGGGGGCUGCGGCAGAGGCCUUGCGACUGUAUGAUCAGGGUGUGCAUCUCAUUCUGGCUUUGCGCGCUCAAAUUGCUUCCGGCGCCAUGCCACCAGCCAAGGCUUUUUUGUUAGAGGACAUAAUUGUCCCAAUUUUCGUCCGUCUGGGGGCAAUUUCUUUCACAAUUUCUGGGGCUCCAGUAACCUCUUUACUACCAGAAACUGGACAUGCUUUGACGCAAGAAUUCGUCUCCCUCAAAUCUGCCCGGGAUGCCAUUGUUCUGUUAUCCACAGAGGCCCAGCUCUUUGAAAGCAUUUGCGAGAAGAAUGUAUUUCAGGCUAGUGCUUCUCAUGUGCCCCCGGAAUUGAUAAAUCGACAAAUGACUCUAUCAGCCAAGCUCAGGAGCUGGCACGUUGCUUUCACAAAGUUGAUAGCAUCCCUACACUCAAAAGGCAGAUUAUCUCCAGAACAAACCAGCACCGCAGCCCUUCUCUGGACUUACCACGAGACGGUAUUUAUAAUACUCGAGACCUGCGUAUCGCCAUCACGAAUCCUAAUCGAUGCCUAUCUACCAAAUUUCCAAACCAUAAUCGACCAAUCCAGCAUUGCUCUAGACGCUUACAUGCAGCCAGAUGGCACACAACCGCCAUUCACAUUUGAAAUCAGCGUCGGUCUUCCCAUUUGGUUCACCUGCCUCAGGUGCCGCGAACCCGGGAUUCGACGUAUGGCACUAGACUUGCUUCGUCGAGCGCCUCAAGUCCAGGGGGUCUACAAAUUGCCCCCUGCGGUGACCUUUGGCGAAAAGGUCAUUAUAUUAGAAGAAACGUAUGGGUCGGCAAAGCACGCAAGACAGGAAAUGAUCACGGCACUCGUCGACUACCAAUCUCAUAGCCGAGGAAGCAGUAGCGACGGAUCUUCGUCUACGGAUAUACCAACAGAAGUUCUCGUACCAGAAGAGGCACGUAUCAGACCCACUGGUGUUUUUCGACCAAGAGAGGGCAUUCCUCCUGAAAUUGUGGAGGAAGACGUCACGAGGUGGAACGCAAGUCUUGAUCAAGAGUUUUUGCGAUUCACGCGGAAUAAGUACGAUAUGGCUAGUGAUACUUGGCAGAUAGUGCAUGAAUGCGUUCCAGUUGAUUUUUAA